GUUAUUGUGGUUAAAAAUAUAAGUAAUAUAUCUAUAGGUGACUUUUUUCAUCAUUAAGGCAUCUUCACUACCGUUAUUUUAGUUGUAUUAGAUAAUGACCAUCAGGUACCAGUUGGUACACAAUUAACGCCAUUUACGGCGUGGGAUUGGCUUCGGCAUUCAUUAGCAGUGCACCUCUUUCUGCGAGUUAGCGUUCUUUGCCGAUUUGUGUGUAACGGUCGCUGCUGCCCUGCGUGCCUUGUAUUUCAAUUUGUUGUGGUUUCUCCGUGAUCUCCAGGAUCAUUUCUUCAAUAAGUUUGUUUUUUUCGAAUUGAGAAGGGCUAUUUUAACAUUAUUUUUGCAAGAGAAGCAGCAAGAAACAAUGGAUUCAGAUUCUUCUUUGUUUGAAGAAUUUGAUAUGACUGCAGUUUCACCCGUUAAGAAACGGAGGAGGCACCUAUGCCAUUUGGGGAAUGGAAAGGGAAAGAAAGCGACCACUGCAUCGAGGAGAACUCCGAGGAGGUAAGGAGCGCCAGUUGCAAAGCGUCGAUCGGAGGACCAACGUCAAGAACAUGAAAACGGAGAUGCUGAAGGAGAUUUUGGUGCUGCACACAUCAAUACUUCAGCAGAGGAGCUAUGCGCAACUGAAGAGUCAAACCAUCAAGGUUCUACCGGAAGUUCCUGGAGCAACCGAUGUGACGCUGAAGCGCGUCACUGGGAAGCUGAGCGGAAUGAGCGGUUUCAACAGUACUUCCAUGCGAAGGCUGUGCCCAACAGUGUUCGAUUUUCUUUCAGCGGUUUGUCUUCACUGUGGUCAACCGGCCACGAGCUUGUGCCUGGACUGCGACAAGACGUUCAGCUGUGAAAGCUGUGAUGUCAAUGAGCACCAGUGGAAGCCUCUCCAUCGCCGAUUGGCCUGGACACAGGGCAAGGCGCAGGGCGGUUGGAUCUCAACCUGCCUGUCUGGGUGUGUGAGGCGUGCAACAAUCGUCAAAACCCAUUGGACGCCGACUUCAUGGCCAGCGGCUACUUCAGAGGCACGCCUUGUCAUACCUCCACCAUAUUCUCCUUGGAAGUAUUCCACCUCUGGAGAAACCUGAAGAGCCUCUCACCUGGAACAUCACUAGCUGCUUUUGCCAUGUCUCUAGAGAAAAUGGGCCAGCUCGGUGGAACGUGUGCACCAGUGGAUCCGGAACGUUUCCAGAAGGCCUACUCUGAAUGGUCGUACAUGGUGUUUGAGGCCAGGCGUGUCGUUGGACAUGAAGACUUCCAGUGCCAUGCUUGUGGACCCAAGCCUAUGUGCGUUCACGUGGACGGCAAUGGGAAGCUCUACCGUUUUAAAUCUGCUGGUGGAGACACGGACAGGCGACCUUACCACGACGGCUCAUGCAUUGCCAGCAAGGAAGACGUGGACGCACACGUUGAGAGGCUGGCGAGCAUCGGCAAGGUCAGCACCCUCUGCGGGGCGUCCACGUGGUCAGCCGCGCGAAACUCGUCUAGCGUGUUGAGUGCUAGACGCUCCCAAGACGUCACUGGACUGUGCCUGGCUACCUGCCGGCAUAGCGUGGUGCUAUCAGCACUGGAUAUGUAUCGGGGCGAAAUAUAUGCCUACGCUCACUUCCUGCACCAGUUCAGGUUCCCAAACGUGCCCUUCUUUGCCUACGACGUGGUCUGCCAGUAUUGGAAGUGGCUGCAGGAUGUGCAUCGCAAGAUGCCGGAGCUCUCCACACAGUCACUUCCAUACUUGAGCGUCAUGCACGCCACAGGCCACUCUUAUCACUGCCAGAUUACUUACGGUGGCUUCUGGCAAGAGGGCUCUGGAUGGUCGGUCAUGGAGACCACAGAGAUCGCCAACGCCCACCUGAGUAGAGCCGGCAACACAACGAAACACAUGUCGAGGGCUCAGAGGGUCGACGAAUUAACCGACCAGAUCCUCUACUGGAAUGCACGGAGGCGAGAACGACUGUCGCGGGAGCUCACCGAGCGACUUCAGCGGAUGGAAAAGCAGGCGAGGGACCUUGAAGAAGAGCUGGAGGGUGCCCUAGCCCGAUUCACGAUUGACCGCGAGUCUCUUAGCCGAUACGUUGGGGAGCUUCGCACUCUGGCAAGGUCUCUCGAGAGCAGUGCGAGGUCCUCCAACGUCAACGUCCAACAGCUUCGAGACUCGAUAGAGCUCCUCAGCGCCAGCAUACAGGCCAAGACGAAGAUGAUAAGCCGUGAUGCCGACACGUCGAAAGCCCGGACUCGCCUUCGUCGCCUUAGGCGCGAUGAGAGUAGCAGGCUGUCGCGGCUUCUCAUCAGAUAUGAGGAGCUCACCGGCACAUCGGUCUCGGUAGGUGACUGCAUAACCGGGCAGAUUACAUGGGAAGCAGCGAACGGAGAUGAGCCAGAUCUCCGAAAAAAACGCUUGGUGUGUGAUCUGUUCAUGCGUCUAUCGCGCACAAAAGAGGAAAUCGACAUCUUGAAGGCUGAGGGAGACAGGCUGGAAGCCCGCCGGAGUGAUCUACGCCUGUACAUGAACGAACAGGUCGGCCAGAUAGACAAUCUCCUGGCUACACCCAUCUCGGAGCGUCCGCCGUUAGGAACCCCAAGCACGAGGUACGAAUUGGUACACCCUUCUGAUGGUGUUCUUUCCGGCCUACGAGCUUUCUUUUUAGAAUCGAGUGCUUCCUUGUAAACAACGGGUGUACAAGCCAGCUAGUAUUUGGAAAGUUUGUACUCCCAUAGCUUUAGUGUUUGAACUUAGAUAAAGAUUAUACCUUUUUGGCAUAUGUAUAAAUUGCAACAUUAGUUGCCAGUUGUCAAAGGAACAAGCCGCUCUCAUCAGGCGGUAUACAGCCUGGCUUCACCAUCAUGGCUCAUGCACAAGCGAAGAUCACUCUGGCGGACUUUCCAGCCUGUCACCCUCAGCCUUUAACCCGCGCCCCGCUGGGGGUCAUGGAUUUCCACGCCCUGCUGGGGGGUUGGGGUGUUAAAACACCGCCUUCUAACUCGGCUCCUGGGCCACGUAGCGAUACGGGGAAAGCGGUGUUCGAAAAAUCGUCAAAAAUUA